AUGACGGACAUACAGGAGAGACCACACAAGAAGAGACGCUUCUUUGUGGAAGAAGAGGCUCCGGUCCAAGACACCACCCUCCCGACCGAGCCUACCCUACCAGACGAGGUCAUACCGGAGACGAAUAGCUUCAAUGCCCACACUGAGCAGCAACUACUGGGAUCAUUCGACGCCGACACACUGAGGGCUGUAGCAGGCUGUGAAGUACCAGACUCGACCAUACGCAGUCUACAAGGACGAUUCGGCACCGACCUUGAGCAGGCCGUCAACGCAUAUCUCGACGGCUCAUGGAAGACACCUUCACCUCAGAAGCGGCCUGUCGUCUCAAGUCAUUCUGGCCAGCAACCAAUAGCCUUCCGGAAAGAGCCUAGCAAUGCUGCAGCAGGCACGACCUCGAAUCAUGCCACUUCAUCAAAGCCAAGCUCGCCACCACCAAAGCCUCCAGCACUGGACGCUAUGCCCAAGAAGCGAUACAUUGGUGCUCUUGGCGUUGCGGGUUGGACGACGAGAAGUGGUAAUAAUCUCCUCCGACCGAACGAUGUUGUAAAGAUUGAGCGAACAAAGCAGAACAUGCCGCAGAAGCUAGGCAGAGGUGGCAAAGUUAAGCAGACGUUCAGGAAGACGCAGGAUGUCAUCGUUCGCUUCACCAAUGCAAGAGGUGAGGAGAUCGGGCGGCUUGAGAAGGACACAGCCAACUGGAUCAGCUCGCUCAUCGAUCAGAAAGUGUGUUCUUUCGAGGGUCACUGCGUAUUUGCUCCAGAGCGGAUACGGACGAAUGAUACUGUCUACAUCCAGCUUCGAUGUUACUUAUUGAAGCAGGCAUUCGAGGCGAGCAAUUUUAUCAAGCCUCUGGAGAACAACCGUGAAACUGGCAUAUUCGAGGCAAAGGAGACCCAGGAUGAGCGUGAUCUGAGGUUACGUCAAAUUGGUCUGGUCAAGCUAUUCAGUGAGAUCAACCUCCAGCCUAGCAAGGUCAACGAGACAACGGCACGGCACAAGCGAGAAGGUAUAUUACAGGCGGCCGAAGUAGCCGAGCAAUACGAUCAGUCCGAGUCCGCGAAGAAGUCCAAGCCCAGCUCACCACAGGAGAAUGGAGGCUCUUCUCCACCUUCUGAAGAUGCCGCUGAAGAGGGUGAAGAGCUCGAGCAGGACCAGCUGGACAGUCUCUACAAGAAAGCACAGUCCUUCGACUUCAACACACCAGAAGCACAACCUGCUGAUACUUUUGUCAUGGAUCUGAGGAAGUACCAGAAGCAGGCUUUGCACUGGAUGUUGAACAAGGAGACCUCGCAGAAGGAUGAGGAGAAACAGCAGUCGAUGCAUCCACUCUGGGAAGAGUAUCUCUGGCCUGCGAAGGAUGCUGAGGACAGAGACUUACCGAGUGUCACUGGCCAGCACUGUUUCUAUGUCAAUCCUUACUCUGGAGAGAUGAGUCUGGACUUUCCUGUGCAGGAGCAGACUUGUCUUGGAGGUGUGCUUGCAGAUGAGAUGGGAUUAGGGAAAACUAUAGAGAUGCUCUCGCUCAUCCACAGUCAUACUUCUCCCGAACAGCAGGCAGCGAUUGACAGCGGGAACAUGGACUCUGUUAACAGCCUGCCACGAUUGCCGAAGAGCAGCGCCAACGUGGAACGAGCGCCCGCGACGACUCUGGUGGUAGCACCCAUGUCCCUACUGGCGCAGUGGGCCAGCGAAGCAGAGAAGGCCUCGAAAGCUGGCACACUGAAGGUGCUGGUGUACUAUGGCAGCGAGAAGAGCGUCAAUCUACAGACACUGUGCUGUGAGGCCAACGCUGCUACUGCGCCCAACGUCAUUAUCACCUCCUACGGGGUGGUGCUCAGCGAGUUCAACAGUGUCGCGGCGAUGGGUGGCAAUCGUGGCAGUCAUGGUGGACUAUUCAGUCUGGACUACUGGCGCAUAAUUCUAGACGAAGCACAUAUGGUCAAGAACCGCCAGUCUAAAACAGCCAAAGCUUGCUACGAGAUCGCAGCAAAGCAUAGAUGGGUACUGACCGGUACUCCCAUUGUCAAUCGUCUAGAAGACCUGUUCAGUUUGGUACGCUUCUUACGUGUCGAGCCAUGGUCCAACUUCAGCUUCUGGAAAACAUUCAUCACUGCGCCAUUCGAGAAGGGUGAUUUCGUGCGUGCCUUGGACGUGGUACAAACUGUUCUCGAACCAAUCGUGCUCCGCCGGACAAAGGACAUGAAGACACCAGAUGGUGAAGCGCUCGUACCACUGCUACCCAAGACGAUCAAGGUCGAAAAAAUCGAGCUCAGCACACCAGAGCGCGAAGUCUACGAUCACAUCUAUGCCCGUGCGAAACGCGCUUUCAACUCGAAUGUCGAGGCGGGCACGCUUAUGAAGAGCUACACCACCAUCUUCGCCCAGAUUCUGCGGCUGAGACAAUCGUGCUGCCACCCGAUCCUAACCCGCAACAAGACCAUCCUAGCAGAAGAAGAAGCCGCAGAAGAAGCCGCAGACAUCGCCAACGGUCUCGGUGACGACAUGGACCUGACAUCCCUAAUCGAGCGCUUCCAAGCUGACGAAGGCGAACAAGACGCUUCGAAAUUCGGCGCUCACGUCCUUAGGCAGAUCCAGGAGGAGGCGGAGAUGGAAUGUCCGAUCUGCUCCGAAGAGCCUAUGGAAGAGCAGGCUGUGACGGGCUGUUGGCAUUCGGCGUGCAAGAAGUGUCUGAUGGAUUAUAUUGAGCAUCAGAGCGGCAAAGGUGAGCUGCCGAGAUGUUUCAAUUGUCGGGAACCGAUUAAUGCUAGAGAUGUGUUUGAGGUGAUCCGACACGAGGAUGAGGAGGAAGAGGAACAAGAUGGUAGCGCCACUAACGCUCUGACUUCAGCGUUUGACUUGGAUGAGGAUGAAGAGCUAUACGGCAAUACCCAGCGAACAAGCACGAAAUCCGCCACCAAGACCCCUCGAAUUUCCCUCCGCCGAGUAAACCAGCUCUCCUCCGCCAAAGUCGCCGCCCUCCUCGCCUCCCUAAAACGCAUCCGCAAAGCCGAACCCAAUACCAAAACCGUCGUCUUCAGCCAAUUCACCUCCUUCCUCGACCUCCUUGCCCCCGCCCUCACGUCAGCAAACAUCUCCUGGCUGCGCUUCGACGGCUCCAUGUCCCAAAAAGAACGUGCGCGGGUCCUCACCGAAUUCGCCUCCCGCACACAAUUCACCAUCCUCUUCUUGAGUUUGAGGGCGGGGGGCGUGGGUUUGAAUUUGACUUGUGCGAGGAGAGUGUUCAUGAUGGAUCCGUGGUGGAGUUUUGCCGUGGAGGCGCAAGCGAUCGAUCGAGUGCACAGGAUGGGUCAGACGGAGGCGGUGGAGGUGGUAAGGUUUGUGGUUGGGGGGAGUAUUGAGGAGAAGAUGCUUAAGGUGCAGGAGCGGAAGAAGUUCAUUGCGAGUUCUCUGGGUAUGAUGAGUGAUGAGGAGAAGAAGGCGCAGAGGAUUGAGGAUAUUCGGGAGUUGUUGAGCUGA